AUGAAAUUAAUUGAUAUUCUCGAUUACGCCACAUAUUACCCAGCGGUAUGCCAAGCUAUACAAAUUGCAAUUACUUUACCUGUAACUUCCUGCUCAGUAGAACGAUCGUUUAGCACUUUACGCCGUUUAAAGACUUGGAUUAGAAAUAGGAUGGGAAACGAAAGACUGAGUAGCUUGGGGUUGAUUAAUAUACACCGCCAAAGGUAUGAUCAUAAACAAUUUUUGAAUCAACAAAUUGAUGAUUCAAUUAAUUUGUUUGCUUCAAACAAAAGGAGAUUGUCAUUACUUUUUGAAUAA